AUGGAGAGCGAUAGACACAAUUUCACGGACCCUUUGAACCUGGUGGCCUCGCUUAUUAUGAUAGUGGUGAGUCGGUCAUUUUUUCUUUAGUUCAAAAGAGCAGGUCUCUUGAAGGUCGGAGUGUUCGGCGUUGGUUGCAACCUGGCAGUCGUGUACAUUUUCAUCCGAGCACCCACGGAACGGACCUCGUUCAACUUGAUUUGUGUGUACAGAGGCUUCGCGAACACACUGAUAUUGGGAUGGGCUUUUGUCGGAACGUUCGUGCCAAUGGCACUUUUGUAAGGCUAGAAUGUUGUCCCAUUUGACCCCAUUUCUCUCUCAGCGGCGACACUUUUUUCUCGCCUCUCUAUCAGACUCUUGUGAUUGGCAUUGCUAACUCUGCGUACGCCGGAAUCCAAUGGACAGGUGUACUCAUUGCCGUCAACCGCUUCGCUGCCAUCUUCUUUCCUAAACUUUAUUUCACCAUGUUCAGCGUAAAAAUGACUUUUGUGAGUUUAUUUCCUCUCAGAUUCAACUAAACUUACUGUUUUAGGUGAUAUCAACUGCCAUCUUCGCCCAAAGAGUUUACAGAAUAACAAUGCAAUUCAUUCAAUUCAUCCGUACGUUCCCUUUUCCGUUCUUUUGUCCCUUCGAAACCCGUUCUAAUUGCAGCUAUCGAAUGCUUCAUGACCUUCUCCAUUACCGAUCUGACUUGGUAUCCGAAUAUGGAGGAAAAGUGCGACGAAGACUCGACGGAAGUGAUCAACUCGUCAUUACUCUACCUCGUCAUCAUAAUUGUCCUCAACCUUUGCACUCUCGUCAAACUCUACCAUUUCUACAAAAACACAAUGCUAGAAGCGGAUCGAGUUCAAAUAAAGAUGAGGAAGAAUCGGAUAAUGUUCCUUCAAACGCUGAUCCAAGAUUCGAUUCAGCUCGUGGACAUGAUUUUCACGUACCGUUUGAGGUAUCUCAGUAACACCUUUCCCCGAUUGUCUAAAAUGUGCAUUUCAGUCUUCUGAGCUCGGAAAGGUACUGGACGUUCAUAAGUGGCAGUUUGAUAUGGGAAAUAGUGCACUCCUCCGACGGGUAAGCGCCCUUUCCCGUUUAGCAGUAAUCUCAGAUCAGCAUCAGGUUCAUCAUGAUUAUGUUCAACGAACGGCUCACUUUCCUCAAACGAUCUCUGUUCUCCUCGUCCGCGCAUCCGUCCAAUCAGAACAGCAUGAUGUUCGUGUCGACGAUUCCUUCGCGAGCCGGUCCCCAGCAGUUGUCGUUCCCUAAAAAGAAGAAGAGACGGAUAUUUCCGUUUACACGUGACAGAUGA